CCGCCCGCCCACAACCGCCAUUUCCUGUCCAGCUCUGGGCGCUUCAGGGAUUCUGGCUCACAAUGGCUGACUAUCAAGAGGAAGACUUGCAGAAAUUUCUUAAAAAUGUAGAUGAAAUCACCAAUUUAAUUCAGGAGAUGAAUUCUGAUGACCCAGUCGUACAAGAGAAAGCUGUUCUCGAGACAGAAAAGAGACUGAAGUUUACAGAGGAAGACCAAGAGGAGGACGAGUGCAGGACCACCGUGAACAAGACCAUGAUCAGUCCUCCACAAGCUCACACAAAGAAUACAGAUGAAAUAAACGCAGAGGCCUUCUUGGCAUCUGUGGAGAAGGAUGCAAAAGAACGUGCCAAAAGAAGAAGGGAAAACAAAGUCUUAGCAGAUGCCCUAAAAGAAAAGGGGAAUGAAGCAUUUGUCAAAGGUGAUUAUGAAACAGCCAUCCUGUGCUACAGUGAGGGUUUGGAGAAGCUGAAGGACAUGAAAGUACUGUACACCAACCGAGCCCAGGCUUAUAUCAAACUUGGGGACUACCAGAAGGCACUGGUGGAUUGUGACUGGGCUCUAAAGUGUGAUGAAAAAUGCACAAAAGCAUAUUUCCACAUGGGAAAAGCCCACCUGGCCCUAAAGAACUACAGUGUGUCUAGAGAGUGUUAUCAGAAGAUCUUAGAAAUAAACCCCCAGCUGCAGACACAGGUGAAAGACUACCUGAAUCAGGUAGAUCUUCGGGAGAAAGCAGACCUUCAAGAGAAGGAAGCCCAGGAAGCACUGGAUUCAGGCACGAAUACAGCCGUGACGACCAAGAAUCUUCUGGAGAUUCUUUCCAAGCCUGAUCAGAUCCCCUUGUUCUAUGCAGGGGGGAUUGAAAUCCUGACUGACAUGAUGAAGGAUUGCACGGAACGAACUUUAUUCAGAACACACAAUGGAUUCAGUAUCAUCAGUGAGAAUGAGGUCAUAAGAAGGUGCUUUUCCACAGCAGGAAAAGAUGCAGUGGAAGAGACAGUAUGCAUGUCUGUUCUCAGGCUCUGGCAAGCGGUGUGCAGUGAGAAUGAGGAGAACCAGCGCCUGCUUGUGCUGCACCCCGACAUGGGCCAGCUGCUGCCCUCCCUCUUGGCCUCCAGGGUCCCGAACAUCCGGCAGCAGACCCUGGCCCUGCUGCUGCAGCUCGCGCAGACAGAGAAUGGACGGAGCCUGAUCAUGGGCCACCUUGACCUGACCGGGUUGUUGGAAGCCCUCGUGUCGUUUCUUGAUUUCUCAGAUAAGAAGGCCAACUCAGCCAUGGGACUGCUCACAGACUUGGCUCUGGAAGAAAGAUUCCAAGUCUGGUUCCAGGCCAGCCUUCCAGAUGUUCUCCUGGCACUGACGGGCGUGCUGAAGAGAGAUCCCAAGGUCACCAACACCUCAGCUCUCUGCCAGUGUAUUGCCAUUAUGGGAAACCUCAGCGCUGAGGCUGCCACCCGAAGACAGAUGUCUGCCUCUGAAGAAUUCAGGGAUGCCUGCUUGGGCCUCAUGGCCAAGUGUGAGGAGGAUGUGGACCUGUUCAGAGAGGUCAUGUAUACCCUCCUGGGACUCAUGAUGAACUUGUGUCUUCAGUCCCCCUUUGUUUCUGAGGUUUGGGCCAUGGAGGUGAGCCGGAAGUGCCUGUCUUUACUGAACAGCCAGGAUGGAGGAAUCCUCACAAGAGCUGCUGGCGUUCUUAGCCGCACCCUUGUUUCCUCUCUGAAGAUUGUUGAGGAGGCCCUCAGAGCGGGAGUGGUGAAGAAAAUGGUUAAAUUCCUGAAGGCAGGAGGCCAGACUGCGUCACGUUAUGCGGUAAAGAUCCUCGCCAUCUGCACUAAUAGUUAUCACGAAGCACGAGAAGAGCUGAUAAGACUGGAUAAAAAGCUCGGUGUCCUGAUGCAGCUGCUGGGCUCGGAGGAUGAGAUUCUGGUGGGCAACGCCACCCUCUGCCUGGGGAACUGCAUGGAGGUGCCACACGUGGCCUCGUCCCUGCUGACCACGGACAUCGUGCUGGUCUUGCUGAAGCUCGCGGGCGGCGAUGCUCAGAAGACGGCCGUGCAGCUGAACGCGGGCAUCGCCCUGGGGAAGCUGUGCACGGCCGAGCCCAGGUGCACGGCGCGGCAGGGAGCCCAGCUGCUUCUGUGGAGGAUGCCCCCCACCCCCAGGGCACUGGGGAGAGCUCAGGCUGCAGCCGGAGAGGGAACCCGGUUAUGGGACAGGGAUCUUUCCGGGCACUGACGGCCGUCGUCUUCUGUCUGCUCCAUUCCCGCAGUCUCCUCCAGCCACUCCUCUCUCCACCCCUCCUCC